AUGGACAUUGGAGACUUGGAGAAACUCCGGCCGUGUGGCCGCUUGGAAACAUACAGCACCGCGAGACACCAUCUUGGCUACUACAACAACGUGGCACUGACUGCAACCUACAACUCCUCGUCGCAAUCGUCGGACGCUCUAAAGGACUCCAUAUAUGCUGCGCUCAAGCAUGUCAUCGCCAAACACCCAGUCCUCGGUGCUGUACCAGUGGACGAAGGCAAAUCCUACCCGGAUACGUUCUUUGUUCGUCUUCCUCUCAUCGAUUUAUCCAGAUCUGUCGAAAUUCGAGAUCGGAAAAGCAAGAUACCAAGUGUCGGUGAAGUCGAUGCAGAGCUGAACCAGUUGUUGGCAGAACAACAUGCUCGCAAUUUUAAAGAUGAUACAGGAACCAAUCCAUUUUGGCGGCUUGUUGUUUUGACCUCAUCAACAGGUAAGGACACAUUUACGGCGACAUGGACAUUCCACCACGCAUUAUCUGACGGCGCAUCGGCCUUCAUAUUUCACGAGACAUUCCUCGACGGCUUGAACAACAUGGAAGCUGUGCCAAAUGCCGAUUCAAUUGUGGAGACGCCAACUUCGCCUCUUCUACCAGCUUUCGAAGAUCUACAUCCUAUGACAAUAUCUUGGCCAUUCUUCCUGACCACCAUCUCGAAGGCCCUUCUCCCAUCCAUCUUCGAUAGGCGCCUGGAAAAGCUAUGGACCGGCAACCCAGUCCCCACCAAGAUUCCCUCUCCACCCCAAUGUCACUUCCGCACCCUCAUCCUCCCUGCCAACACGACCAAGCUCCUAGCCGAAGCCAGCCGCAAGGAAAACGUCAGCGUAACCUGCACCCUCGAAUGCCUCAUCGCCGCCUCCCUCUUCACUCACCUCCCACCCUCGCAAUUCGACAAGAUCAAAUUCUCCAAUCCCAUGAGUAUGCGGCGUUUUCUGAAGGACGUCCCCGACGACCAGAUGCUUGUCGCAGUGAACCAAUACCACUUCACGCACCAUCGCACCUCAUCCCUGCACGAAUGCAGGGUCCUGCAGAACUUCUCCUGGGCCGAAGCACGCGCCGUAAAAUCCACCAUCGAAGCCGAACUCGCCAAAGCCGGCGCAGACAAUCCCAUCGCGCUAUUUAAAUACGUGUCGAACAUGCACGACUUCGUGAACGGACAUUUAGGCAAGCCGCGCGGCUCGAGCGUCGAGUUGUCGAAUAUCGGCGUGUAUAGGAAUAGAGAUGAGGGAGGGAGGUGGACGAUUGGCAGGGUCACGUUUAGUCAGUGUCCGAAUCCGACUGCUGAACCGCUUUGUGUUAGUGUGGUUACAGGUGGUGAUGGUUGUGCAAAUUUGAACUUUUGUUGGUUUGAGGGUGCGGUUGAGGAGGGGUUGGUUGAGGAGAUUAUGGAGGGGGUGAGGCAGGGGGUUGAAGCGAUGGUUGGAGAGAGGCAGUUGUAA